GCCAGAAUGAAGGUCAUUAUCAUUGGUGCUUCCGGAGCGACGGGCGGUAGUAUCGUGAACGGCCUCCUCGAAUCUACUACGCAAUUUGAAAUUACGGCUGUGACGCGAGAGGCAUCUCUCAACAGCAAGAACAACGAUGAGUUGAGGAGCAAGGGCGUCAAGGUCGUGGCUGCCGACCUGAAAGGUCCUGAGGCAGACCUAGUCAACCUCCUCAAGGGCGCGGAUGUUGUCAUCUCGGCCAUCGUUGCAACGGCCUUGUUGGACCAGAUCCCCCUCGCAAAUGCCGCGAAGAAGGCUGGAGUGGGCCGCUUCAUCCCCUGCACCUUUGCAACCGCUUGUCCCCCGGCGGGUGUGAUGAAGCUGCGCGAUACGAAAGAGACAGUCCUCAACCACAUCAAGAAGAUCUACCUGCCGUACACGCUCAUCGACGUGGGCUGGUGGUAUCAGAUCAGCGCACCAAGGGUCCCUUCCGGACGUGCCGACUCCGGCCUCUUGGUACCCGUGUCGUAUCUGGUGGGAGACGGUUCGGUGCCCUCUGCCCUGACUGAUGUCAAGGAUAUCGGCCGAUAUGUCGCCAAGAUCAUCGCCGACCCCCGCACCUUGAACAGGAUGGUCUUCGCACACAGCGAGGUCUUGUCGCAGAAGCAGAUUUUCGACAAGGUCGAGGAGCUGAGCGGGGAGAAGCUGGAGCGCAACUAUCUUUCCGCGGAGGCGCUGCAGGCCCAGAUCGACGGGGCCUUUGGGCCGGAUGGAGCCGUGCCGGAAGACACUCGCGCUCUGCAGAUGCUCUGGAGUUUUGAGUACCAGUACUCGUGGGGCAUCCGUGGGGAUAACACGCCCGAGAACGCCAAGUACCUGGGGUACCUGUUGGGCAAAGAGCUCUACCCGGACAUGGAGUUCACCUCCUAUGAGAGCUAUAUUAAAAGCCUGCUGGACGGCACGGCUACAAGACCCUACGCGUGAGGGGUGGUCGUGGGUUACAAGAUCAUUACUUAAGUACGUAGCGUCAUAGGA